AUGCGUGUCGCAAUCAUUGGCGGUGGCCCCUCGGGCCUCGUCCAGCUGAAGGUCCUCCUCGAGGCCCACCAGCGCUUCUCCGUCGCGCCGUUCGAGGUCAAGCUGUUCGAGUCCUACAGCAAGAUUGGCGGCAUUUUCUUCCACCACUCGUACGAGGACGGAGAGCUGGUCUCGUCCAAGUACCUGACCACCUUUUCCGACUUCCGCCCGACGCUCGACGAGCCCGACUUCUUCUCCACCGAGAGGUAUCUGGAGUACCUCGACGCCUACGCCUCGCAUUUCCAGCUGUGGCCGCACAUCAACUUGAGCACGGCGGUAAAGUCGGUUAGGCGGGGAGUCGACAGCGCCCAUGUAGUCACCUACCAGACGCCGGAUGGCGAGGUCGUCGAGUGGGAGUGUGACGCUCUCGCUGUCUGCUCAGGCGUCCACGCGGUUCCGCAUAUUCCUGACAUCCCGGGUCUCGAGCGAGUGCCCUCUGUCAUGCACUCAUCUGCGUUCAAGACCCGAGAGCAGUUUGGAAAAGACACGACCGUCCUCAUCCUCGGGAGUGGCGAAACGGGCGCGGAUGUCAGCUAUCUCGCCGUGACCGCAGAUACAAAGAAGGUAGUCCUCUGCCAUCGCGAUGGAUGGAUUGGCGCACCCAAGAGAGUCCCUGGUCAGAAAUUCCUCCCAUGGCUUUUUGGAGCCAAGGACUAUGACUACCCCCAACUGCCUCUGGAUGUCAGCCAAAUCACAUUGUUCGACUCCAUGUACGUCCACCCGAUGGUUCGGGAUAGCAUGUUGAUAUGGGACUUCUACCACUUUGUGGCGUUGCCCGCUGGGUGCUGGCUUUGCGGAGGGUCGCCAUACGGUGUCGACCAGUUUGUUGGGCAGGUCUUUGGCGAGCGCUUCCAUGUCUCAAAACUCUUUCUGAACAAGGCGUGGCAACGGAUCCACAACUAUGUCUCUUACCCGUACAGGCCGACGACCUGGCCCUUCUGGACGCGAGUUCGUCGUUUCUUCUUCAACACGGAGACUCCACCGCCACCUUCUCGCACCAUCGAUAUUGCACCGUUUCCUUCCCACAUCUCGGAGGAUGGUGUGGCUCACUUUCCGCUCACAGGACGACCCGAGGCGGAGCGCAUUCAAACCAUGGAGAUCAAGCCCGAUGUCAUAAUCUUGGCUACUGGAUACCUUACUUCGUUUCCAUUCUUGAACACCCCAGACAACGACGGGCACAAAGCUUACCCGGAGGCAUUCGAUGCAGAUGUUAGACAGAUCUGGAACUCGAAUGACCCAACGGUGGGCUUUAUUGGAUUCCUUCGGCCUGGAUUUGGAGCCAUUCCGCCUUUGGCUGAGAUGCAGUCCAUGCUGUUUACCAUGAACCUCAUCAACAGCAUCCCCAGGCCGCUCAACCCAGACGACGAGUGGCACUACCGCAUCAUCCACAAGCCCGACGCCAGAGUCUCGUAUGGCGUCGAGCAUGACAGCUAUGCGUACCAGCUUGCCAAGGAUAUGGACUGUGCCCCUAGCUUCACAGAAGUGCUCAAGAUGUCCUUUGGAGCCCGCAAGGGCUGGAGGCUACCGUAUAUCUGGGCUGCCGGAGCGUCUUUCAACACCAAAUUUAGGCUGAGAGGGCCUUGGAAAUGGGAGGGCGCGAGGGAUGUGCUGACCGGAGAACUGUGGCAGACAAUCAGCCGUCGCGAGGGACUGUUCGGAAACAUCCCUUUGAGCAUCGUUCCGAUGAUUUAUCUGGGAAGCAUCAAUCUUUUCUACUGCUUCUACGGCGGCUUUUGGGGCUUGCUCGCCAAAUUGAGAUUGUGCCGGCCAAUUCAGCGGCGGAUCGAACCGAAGCUUAUUAUGGAGGAGAUGGCGCGAUUGCAGCAAGCCGAGGCUCAGAAGGCCAAGCUGAAUGGCAAGGCUAUGAAGAAAUGA